AGAUCGUUGCUUGACCGGAAACGCAACCGGGCUGUCAUUUGUCACUACUGUCCGGCGGCCAUUUCCUUUCUUUCGUGUCAACUGCGGAAAAAUGACGACCCCAGCUACUACUAAGCCUAAAAGGGAACCAAUCCACGCCGUUCAGGUGUUCGGCAGAAAAAAAUCGGCCACCGCAGUAGCUUACUGCAAGAGGGGCCGCGGAGUGCUCAGGGUCAAUGGACGCCCCUUGAGCCAAGUCGAGCCCAAGAUGCUCCAAGACAAGUUGCAAGAACCCAUUUUCUUGUUAGGCAAGGAUAAAUUCUCUGCCGUGGACAUCAGGGUCAGAGUAAAUGGUGGUGGUCAUGUAUCCCAAAUAUAUGCCAUCAGGCAAGCCAUCUCAAAGGCUCUGGUCGCUUAUUAUCAAAAAUAUGUUGAUGAAGCUUCCAAAAAGGAACUUAAAGACAUCCUCAUCCAAUAUGACAGGACUCUGUUGGUAGCUGACCCACGUAGGUGCGAACCCAAGAAGUUCGGUGGUCCAGGUGCCAGGGCUCGCUACCAGAAAUCUUACCGUUAAAAUUUUUUUUCUUUAUUAAGUUCCAAUAAAACUGGCUUAUUUUAUAAGUUAAAUUAAA